GUUAAAUAGCUCGGUAAGAAAUUGUCUCGCUGCUURACCGUGUUAAAGCCUGUGGAGAAUCAAUAUCGUGCGCAAAGAUGACUGAAGAAACUCCUAUUAAGCGAAAAGGCUCCAAUCGCCAUAAACUGUAUGGCAUGUCUGCAGAGUUGAACAGAAAGUUGAAUUCCAAGUACCCUAAAGAGCUCGAGGUUCAAUGCAGGGAAUGGAUCGAGAUGAUGGCUGGCGAAAACGUUCGAUGGGGCGUUGAACACGAGCACAGCAGACCCGGGGACGCUUUUGCUGAGGCCUUAGACAAUGGUGUCAUCCUAUGUAAGAUAAUAAACGAGGUUGUUCCAAAGAGUGUACCAAAAGUACACCAAGGAGAAAAGGUCAAUUCAUUUCAGGGCCAAGAAAACAUCAAUAAUUUCCUGGAGGCGUGCUAUAAACCUCCAUUCAACUGUGUGCCUGCUGAAAUGUUUCCAACUGUGUACUUAUACGAACGACAGAACGUCGCACAGGUUCUAAACGGGAUUCAAGCAUUUGCUCGAAGGGCCAAUGCAUAUGACAAGACGGUGCCUUUGUUUGGACCAAAGCAGUACAUGAAAAACCCGCGUCACCAUGAACCCUGGAUCAGAAGCUACCGUGGAGACCAGUAACCACCGGUCAACCUCUUUCUCUCUUUAGUACAAACUAACGCCCCGACUAGCUGAAAGCUAUGUAAACCAAUGUUGUAAUUAGUUGCCAUUGUUAUUAAUAAAGUCAUCAUUUUAUCAUCAA